AUGGAUUCCGCGGGCGGGAGGAUCUCGGUAUGGGUGCGCGCGGAGGAGAAGCUCGUCCUGGGCUUGUCAAAACGCACCACCUGCGCCGAUGUGGUCAAAGCCCUGCUGGAGGACGUCGACAAGCCUGAACACCAGCGCUACUGCAUCGCCGAGAAAUGGCGGGGCCUCCAGAGGGUUCUACCCGACCGCACCAGGAUUUGGCGACUGUGGGUGGCGUGGGGAGAGGAACGAGACCGGGUAAGGUUUGUGCUCGUGGGCUGCAGCGAGGUGGCCCGGAGCGCAGAAGCGCGCCUGGUACCGCUCGGAAAAUCCGACCUCGUGCCCUCCAAAUGGACUCCGGGCGCCUCCUUGGCGGAGGUCCCGCUCGAAAGGCAGCGUCGGAUCGUCAGGAAAGCUUUCAGAAAGUUGGAAAAGAUGCAGAGAAAGCAGCCGACCUCCUCUUGCGCGGACAAGAUGCAGACUUUGGCGCGUCUGGUGGUCUCCCAGGAUCGCACUAUCCGUCAGCAAGCGUUCAGGAUUCGGCAGCUGGAUGCGGAGAUUGAAAGGCGGGAGGCCAAAGUGCAUUCGGACCGGGCGCGAACACACGGCGUUAAUUAUGUGCAGGACACCUAUUUAUUAGAGGAGGAGGCAGACACAGAGGCUUCAAACCAGGUGUGCUCUUCGGAAGGCCUCCUACACCCAUGUGCUCUGUGUCAUGAGGCGAAUGUGGACAUGAUGACGAUGCAGAUGGAAGCAGAGCUGGAUGAGUGCUGCACACAGAUGAGGUCAGAGGAGGAAGAGGACGAGCCAUCCUGGUCCUUCAUCAAAGGCGAAGACGAGAUGUUUGUGAAGGAAAAGCUGAGGAGCUUGUUGGAUGCCACUUUGUACGUGGGUCUGUGCCUCCGCUCGGAUUUGGAGGCUAUUAGGGGCGAUUUGGAGCUGAGCCGCCAGAUUUGCAGCAGCCGCGAGGAGGAGAUGAGGGAUUUACUGGAGAAAAUCAACUCUUUGGGUUCGGAGGAUGGGGCGAAUGACGAGGGGGGGACAGAUAAUGUGGAGAUGAGGAGGAGUGCUUUGGAGAGGAAAAGCGAGUGGGUGGAGCAAGCCAGAGGUUACUCCAAAUGUCACAGAGGGAAUGACGACGACUCGGACACGGGUUUAAGCUCCCUCCACAGCCAGGAGUCCGACAGCCUCACGAUCUGCCAAUCGCUGGUUUAG